AUGAUUUUAAAGAUUAUAGCUGGAUUACUUCUUAUCGUGGCUACUUACUGCCAAGAUCAUCAUGGCCACACUUUCUCGCUUCAAACACUAGUAACGCAUGAAGUGCCUAAGAAAGUAGAAAAUAAUCACUACCAUAAAACAGAAUACAAAGUAGUGCCGGUUCACAAGCACGUAGCACAAGUAGCUACUAAAAGCUCCGGUCAUGCCGUGUCAUCUCAAAGUCUAACUCAUCAUGCAUCACAUGAACAUGUAAAUGAAAUUCUUCAUAACGAUAUUUUGAAGAGGGUUUACUUUACUCCGCAAGAGCCAGCUCCUGUUUACGAAUCUCAAGAACCCGUACGGGUUCCAGUCCAAUUAAAAAUUGUUCAACAAACGGUGCCUCACGCCCCAACACAACACCGUGUACUGCAGUUAGUAAAGCAAAUCCCUAUUAAACCUCAAGUUAUUAAAGUGGCUCCCAUAAUCCCAGUGAUUCACCAAGCACCUAUAGCUCCAAUAAUCCACCAAGCUGCCAUAGCCCCGGUAAUUCAACUAUCUCCAAUUCAACAUCCUGCUGUUCAAAUAUCUCACCAGGCACCUAUCCUGAAACAUGUUGUUGAAGUAUCUCAUAAAAAACCAAUUCAACACGAUGUCACUAAAUUAACCCAUGUACCGGUUUAUCACGAACCAUUACACAAUACUGAAACAUACUAUAAAGAAUCUCAUAAAGAGUCUCAUGAUGAUCACCAUGAACACCACGUUGACUAUUACGUAUCUUUUUAUGGUGACUGUUUAGACCAAUACCACAGCCUCAGCAACGCCCCCAGUGUCCACAAGUUAGGGACUGAUUGCCUGAAACCCUACCCCUCUGGUGCCGACGCCCUCGCCUACGAGCCAGCAUUCCCAACCAAGCCUGAUCAUGGGUUUUGA